AUGGUCAGCAACCAUACCAUCGUUGGCGACAGCGUCUUGCUUCUCCUGCUUCAUUUUGUCCUCGGCAGACAGCUUUAUGGUGGUGCCGGCGGCCAAAUGCAUAUUACUACCUUAUCAAGCCAGGAGCUUGAGUGUCUGCUGAGCUUUGUGUGCACCUUUGCCAGGCCCAAAAUGCCCAAAGUCGUGACGAAGAUGAAUUCAAACCGGGAAACGGGUAUCAAGCGGUUGAAGACGCUCGUCAAGGCAAUUGAUAGAGCUCACACCUUUUACGAACGACCGUAUGGAUUAAAGCCUUACCUCACAAUACUUCGACAGGAUGGAGGGGCCCUUGAGAAGGGACCCGAACCCCUUGCGGCACGACGCGCCUUGUUGUUGUUGUUGAGGAGGAGGAGGAGGAGGAGGAGGAGGAUAGGAGAAGAAAACACCUGCCUAAGGCAACGGGUUUGGGUCGAAAGUUGA